UUCGUCUUUUAAUUCGGGUCUCGGGUCUUCCCCUUUUUUUAGGAUUAUUAUUAUUUCUUCUUUGUUCUUAUUUGUGAUCUUAAGGAAAGGUCGCACGGUGCUAGGGUUUGUUCUUCCCUGUUUGUUUACUUUACUCUUCGUCGCUUCUUUGCCCUCUUCCUGGCCUCCGUCUUCCUGUUCUCCGACCUCCUUUCCCUCAAAUCCAUUGAUUUCCCGUCGGCGACGUCGGUUCCCGGUCGAUUUGUCGCGAUUGGAGGGGUUUUUGAGGCGUUUGGACGAGGAAAUUUUGGAUAUUGUGGCAUGCAUAAAAGAUGUUUCAAGCUCCAAGUUUUUCGAAACAGGGCUGUAGGCUCAUUGCAGUCUCAUGCGGGAAGUUCGCCGAGAGGAAAAGGGAGCAGGUGAAGCAUCAGCCUUCGUAUCCUUUCCCCGAGCUUGUAUCGUCCGGCCGCCUGGAGGUUCACACUCUUGUUAACCCGACAUUGGAUCAAAUCAGGGAUGCUCAGAAGUCAUUGGAUCCAAAUAUUUUGUACUUUCAAGGGGAACAACUUGAGAAUGAAGAAGAAAUUGGUUCUCUUGUUUGGGGAAACAUCAAUGCAUCGGAGCCUCAAACAUUUAGCUCCCUUAUCGGCCCAUCGUUACCUACCAUCGUUUAUCUGGAGGUCCCAAACGGUGAAAAAAUUGCACAAGCACUUCAUUUGAAGGGAAUUCCAUAUGUGAUAUAUUGGAAGAGUGCAUUUUCAUCUUAUGCAGCUUCUCACUUUCGCCAAGCAUUGCUGUCUGUUGUACAGAGUUCAUGCAGCCAUACAUGGGAUGCAUUUCAACUUGCACAUGCAUCUUUUCGGCUAUAUUGUGUACGAAACAACUAUGUUUUGCCAGCUGACAGCCAAAAAGUUAGUGGGAAACCUGGGCCCCGUUUGCUGGGAGAUGCUCCUAAGAUUAAUAUAACUCCUCCAGACAAAAUUAUGGAUGAAGAAAAAGAAGAAGAAGAGGAAAGCUCAUCAGAUAAUCUACCUGCUAUAAAAAUAUAUGAUGACAAUGUAGAUACAAGAUUUCUUGUUUGUGGAUUACCAUGCACAUUGGAUGCUUGUCUGCUGGGUUCCUUGGAAGAUGGCCUUAAUGCCCUCUUGAACAUUGAAAUUCGUGGGAGCAAACUUCAAAAUCGAAUCAGUGCUGCACCCCCUCCUCUUCAAGCUGGGGCAUUUUCUCGUGGAGUUGUGACGAUGAGAUGUGAUCUCACAACCUGUAGUUCCGCUCAUAUCUCACUUUUAGUGUCUGGUAGUGCACAAACAUGUUUUGAUGACCAGCUAUUAGAAAGCGAAAUAAAACAUGAGCUUAUUGAGAAGAGUCAGCUAGUUCGUGCUUUUCCGAACUGUGAGGAAAGCAAGCCUUCUUUGUCUGAACCUCUGAACUCUGUUUCUAUAGCUUGCGGGGCUCCAGUGUUUGAAGUUUGGAUGAAGGUUCCAUCUUGGGCUGCUCAGGUCUUGAGACAGCUUUCACCUGAAGUCUCUUAUCGUAGCUUGGUUACACUUGGUGUUGCAAGUAUUCAGGGUAUUUCAGUUGCUUCUUUUGAGAAGGAAGACGCAGAUCGCCUUCUAUUCUUUUGUACAAAACAAGGGAAAGACUUGAGUUUACAAGAUGGGUUGCUUUGUAGUGUGCCUUCCUGGUCGUCCUCUCUUAUUAGAAAAAGGUCCAGACCUAUUCCAGAUCGAAAACCUAUGACUUAUAACAAUACUUUGAGUGAGAAUGGAGCAACUUUUUUGAAAGAUGAUCAGGAUGUCAAGGAAGAGGCAAGUUUGGUAGAAGGGACUAACCUGUCCUCCAUGGCAGUUAAAAAGAGAUUGAGGGUUGCUGCAAUGAGGCCAAUUCCUCACUUUCGGCAGCACAAGAUGCUGCCUUUUUCUGGAGUUCCUCAGAUUGAUUUGAAUGAUGGAAAUCAGGCCAAGCCUAACCUGCCAGUUGUACCUUCAGUAAAGCACAAUAUUGUUCCUCCUGCUCCUUCAACACACAGGAAAUCCAUUUCAAGUUCUUCCCAUGCUCAGCAGAUAAUUUCUUUAAACCCUCUGCCAAUGAAAAAACAUGGAUGUAACAGAGCCCCAAUUCAAGUUUGCUCCGAAGAAGAAUUUUUGAAGGAUGUUAUGCAGUUUCUAAUCCUUAGGGGGCAUAGUCGACUUGUUCCCCAAGGAGGAAUAUCUGAAUUUCCUGAUGCCAUACUUAAUGCAAAGCGCCUGGACCUUUUCAAUUUGUAUAGAGAGGUGGUUUCAAGGGGAGGUUUUUAUGUUGGGAAUGGCAUAAACUGGAAAGGUCAAGUUUUUUCAAAGAUGCGCAACCAUACAGUUUCCAAUAGAAUGACAGGUGUUGGGAAUACGUUAAAAAGACAUUAUGAAACUUACCUGUUGGAGUAUGAACUAGCACAUGAUGAUGUGGAUGGAGAGUGCUGCUUGCUGUGUCGCAGUAGCGCUCCUGGUGAUUGGGUAAACUGUGGCUUAUGCGGGGAAUGGGCCCACUUUGGUUGUGAUAGACGGCAGGGUCUUGGUGCUUUCAAGGAUUAUGCAAAGACAGAUGGGUUGGAAUAUAUUUGCCCUCACUGUAGUUUGACAAAUUUUAAGAGAAAAUCACAGAAAAUGGCAAAUGGGUUUUCGAAUACAUCCUCCAUUCCACGACACAUGUAAUCUCCUUCCCCCCUCUCUUUCUGCAUAAGAGCCGAGCCCCCAGUUUGUGGAAGGGUUGUAAUUUGUAUAAUCCCCAUUGUUGUUUCAUUAAUGUUAGUCUAGGCUGAUAUUUUUAGAUAGCUCCUGAACAACUAUACAGAAGGAAUAUAAGAGAAAUGUUCAUUCAUACGGA